UGGAAUGACGAACAGACGAGAUCUGUACAUAGAGCGCGCGCAUCGCACGUUCCAGAACUGGGUGUCGUCUGCUAGCAUCGUUACGUCAUCACGCGUCACUAAAGCGGGAGAAACUUCAACGAAGACUUCUGGAUUUGGCUUUCAUUAGCUGAAUAUUGAGUUAGUUUUGAGAGUAACCGUCCAGGAUUUAUUUGUGCGACUUUUCUGCAGACUUGCAAGGAAGUGUCUUCGUGACUGCUGAUUGCUGCGUGAUCGGAUUAUAGCUUGAUGUGACACUUCGGAGUAAUGAAUGAAGGAUUGACAACUUCAGAGAAAGGAUGCUCCAUAGUGUAGCAAUGCUAGCUGUCCUGCUGUAUUCUGCAUUGGCUGAUUUAGCGCCAAAAUUCAACACAACGCCAGAACAUGUGACAGUGAAGGCGGGAGAGAAGGCUGUCCUACCAUGCACGGUGGAGUAUAUAGGAGAAAAUACGGUAAUUUGGGUCAGUCCACGAAAACAGCUGAUCAGCCACGCGGACAGACGUAUGAUAGAUGACCAGCGAAUCACGAUCGAGAGGCCGUAUGUGAAGGAGUGGAACCUGCAUAUCAACGAUGUCUUCUACAACGACAGCGGUAUCUACAAGUGUCAGAUCAACACCGUCCCUGAGCAGGAGAAGUCAGUAAAACUGUCUGUCCUUGUGCCACCUGCUAUCAUAAGCCGCCUGUCAUCUGACAAUAUCCGGUUGCGCGAAGGCGAGGUAGCGGAACUCAUUUGUAACGUGACAGGAGUCCCGCAGCCAAAUGUCACGUGGAACAAACGGAACUACAGAAUGGGCAGAGGCAGAAAAGAAAGAAUUGGUUUGGAAGGGGAGAUGCUACUCAUCCACAACGUUACACGGUACUGCGACGACAUCUACGAGUGUUUCGUGGACAACGGCGUUCCUCCUUCUGUGAGCAAAGCCAUCAGAGUCAUCGUUGAAUUUGCACCGGAAGUAACGAUGCCGAAUAAGCGAAUGGGUCAAAAACUUGGACGGGAGACUAUUCUGCAGUGUUCAAUAUAUGCUCAUCCCCAGGGUCUAACCUUCUGGAAGCGGAAUGGUUUAGAAAUAAGCAAUGAUGAAAAAUUCAAUACAGAAGCCUAUGCGGAUCUUGAAAACAGGAUUGUGACAUUAAGUUUGAGAAUCAAAGAAAUCGAAAAAGAAGAUUUUGGGUCCUAUACUUGCGAAGGAAGUAACUAUCUCGGAUCUGAUGAAGAAGAAAUGGUUUUGUAUGAAUUAGAGCCAGUGAUAAUAACAAGACCGACGACGACCACAACGCGUGAACCACCUUACGCCGUUGUACCAGAUCAUGGUUACGACGAGUCGAGUUUCUACGGGGAACACCACAGGAAAACAACCACAUCAACGGCCAUGUAUCCAUUAUUCCCACCGAUGGUGGAACCAGACAAAAUGUUUCGUGUUAAGGGAAUUGUUAAGGUUUCAGUGCAGAAUCAUAUAUCACAUCAUCAUUUUAAUUAA